AUGUCAAGAAUCAUGGCUGCCGUCAAGAACACCACUAAGACCUACACCUUGAACACGGGUGCCAAGAUCCCUGCCCUGGGCCUUGGAACAUGGCAAUCCAAGCCUAACGAGGUGAAGAACGCCGUUGAGGCAGCCCUCAAGGCAGGCUACCGACACAUCGAUACCGCCUUCGCUUACGGCAACGAGAAGGAAGUCGGCGACGGCAUCAAGGCCUCGGGCGUCCCCCGGUCCGAGAUCUGGUUGACCACGAAGCUGGACAACCCCUGGCACAAGCGCGUCACCGAGGGCUUCAACAAGUCCCUCGAGAACCUGCAGACCGACUACCUCGACUUGUAUCUGAUGCACUGGCCCAGCUCGACCGACCCGGAUGACCUCAAGAAGCACUACCCUGACUGGAACUUCGUCGACACGUGGCGCGAGCUGCAGAAGCUCCUCGAUACGGGCAAGGUCAAGAACAUCGGCGUGUCCAACUUCGACAUCACCAACAUGGAGAAGCUGCUAGCCGCCGAGACCACAAAGGUCACGCCCGCAGUCAACCAGAUCGAGCUGCACCCCUGCAACCCCUCGCCCAAGCUCAUCAAGUACCUGCAGGGCAAGAACAUCCACCCCUCGGCCUACUCGCCCCUCGGCAGCACCGACUCCCCGCUCGGCAAGAACGAGGCCCUGCUGUCCAUCGCCAAGGCCAAGGGCAAGUCGCCCCAGCAGGUCCUGCUCGUCUGGGGCCUGCAGAAGGGCUUCUCCGUCCUGCCCAAGAGCGUCACCGAGUCGCGCAUCGUUGCCAACAGGGAGCUGGACGGCUGGAGCCUGACUGAUGAGGAGGUCUCUGCCCUGGACGGCAUCCAGGAUAGGUUCAAGGUCUGCGGCGACGCCUGGCUGCCGAUCAGGGUGUUCCACGGGGAUGACGAGUAG